GCGUCAGCAUCGAUUUGUAAACACUCUUUGCUUCUGCUUAGGGACCAGUUGGUUCUUCAACAUUCAGCUCUGGCGUUUACUUUACAUGUUCAUAUUUCAUUGGAGUUUACAUCGGCAACUGAGACGUUUUAGUAUUAAUACCACAAGGUGAUCUUAUUAGAACUUCAUAUGCUACUUUGUAUGAUAUUGCUACCACGGUUACUUUUUACUUUUAGCUUUUUCUUUCGGCUUGUAGCUAGCUCGCACAUGCAUUCAGUCUUGCAAACUCGUUGACGCCAGUCCUACUUUGAGCUACUAUGGUGCUUUCUUUGGUAAGCCUGUGUGCCACUGAGGUGGUAAGUGACCACAGCUCGUCGCCCUGCUGGCUUAAAUGGAUACCCAGAGAAUUGUACCGACCGCUGUUGGAGGCCGCCUUUAGCAGUAACAGACCGCUGGCUGCGGGUGAACUCGUUCAGCGGUGGCCCGAAAGAACCUUGCGUGUCGGACGGAGAAAACGAGGAGCGACUUCCCCAAACAGACUGUGCAUACAAGCGCUUUUACUGGCUGUUGUAAGGGGACUCUCAGAUCAAAGGAGUGUCUUACAGCUGCUGGAUCUUUGUGGUCAGCAAGGAGAUGAGGGAAGUCUGGGUGACCCAAUGGGUGGCUGGUCCCUGACUGUGGCACUGUGCACUAUGGUUGUUCAAGCUCGAAAUGGAGCUAAAAGGGUCCAGAGGAAAGAAGGAGAACGUGAAAGAAAGAGGUUCUCGGCUCUGCAGAGAGAGUCAGAUGUUAAGAGAGAGAGGGCAGAUGUAGUAGAAAACGACAACAUAGUAUCAUCAGCAGUAAAGUCUGAGGAAGAGCUGACAAAGGGCGUGAGAAGGAGGAUGGAGAUGGAGAGAAAGGGUGAGGGUCCAUCUGCAAACGAAGCAGGCAUUAAAAUAGAUUAUAAUGAUGAUAAAGAUUUAGAUGUUCUAGUACACGUGAGAGCUGAUCUUUUUGUCAAUGCCCGAUCCUGGGAACGUGUUCGUGCAGCGUUAAGCACUCAAGGGCCACUUAAACUUCAGUGUAGAUAUCUCCGCAUUGAAGAAAUUUCUGUAUCAAACAUCAAGACCCUACUUGAUCUUCUGCCCCAUCAGUUUCUUCUUGGGAUAGAUGUGAGAUACAGCAGUCUUGGAGUGGCCGGCUUAGCAGAGCUCCUGCCCCUCCUUUCCACCUUUUCUGCUCUUGAAUCUCUUCGCUUGCACUACUGUAAUUUAGAUCUUAGAAGAGAUCUUCAUGGACAAGAAGAGGCACUAAGAGACCUUUCACAGGGCUUGACACAGCUCUAUCACCUCAAAUGUCUUAGCCUCACUGCACUACGGCUGCCUGGUCAGCUUCGGGUGCUGCUUAGUUCCUUGCCUCAACCUUUAGAGACUCUUGAACUUCCAUAUUUGAGCCUAAGCCCAGCAGAUCUGGCGUAUCUCUCCUGCAGCCACCAUGCAUCAACUCUACAACAGCUGGACUUGAGUGAAAAUCGACUAGAUGAAACCACACUACCCUCUGUGCGACGUCUUCUCUCCCAGGCCUCCAGCAGUCUGCAGCACUUGUCUUUAAGUGGCUGUGGGCUAAAUGACCACCUCCUGGGUCUCCUGCUGCCUUCUCUGGGAUGUUGCAUCACUCUGAAAAGCAUGGCCUUUGCCCUGAACCCACUCUCUAUGUCUGGACUUAUGGACUUGGUAAAAACUGCAGUAAGGAUGCGCAGUCUUCAUCAGUUAUUGUACCCAAACCCACUGGAAGAUUACCAGCCGGGCCUUCCAGACCUUCCUUCCAGCGCUCAGCUUUUAGACUGGCCGCUGGAUGAGACAACAGAGUUCAAUACUACCAGCACACAGCUCAACAGAGUUCUAUUGGAAAAUGGGCGUUCUGAUCUCCUUCUCACGUGUGACCUUCUCAAUUAUCAUAACAACUUAAAAGAUGAAUGAGGCAAUACAUUUUGUCCAAAGAUAAUGUUUCAGGCUGUCAUUGCUAAAAUCUGUGGUGCACAGAAUUCAAAUGUGUGUAUAUUUAUAUCUUGGUUGCUUUUAUUGACAGAAAGAGAAACAUGUAACAAAUGCUAAUGCCAUAAUGAAAUGUUGAUUUGUGCACUGUUCAUGAUUCUUGCAUAUAAUUGGACUACCUUCUUUUCUUACUGCAUUUGUCUUAAAAUUAAUGAAAUAUUGUUUAUUUUACUAAACUUUUGUGAUGAGCAGAAUGUGUUACUUGCAUUACAACAGUGUAUCAAAUCACCAUGGUCAAAUAUGUUGCAUGAUAAUAAAUCACGUUAAAGCAGA